AUGGAAAGUCUAGAGGAGUGGUCAGAUGCAAUGGUUCCCUCGAAUUCUUCCUCAUCAAUUAAGGUAUUCUCUAAUCUCUGGUACUUGGUAAUCGAAAGGCUCCCCAGCUUGGCUGUUUUACCAGGUAUGGAGAACUUGACAUCUCUUGAGGAGUUAGAGAUACGGAGAUGUGGAAUUGUGGCAUGUAUAAGGAAUUUGAAUAGCCUUACAUCUCUUGAAUCCUCAUCCUUAGAAGACUGCCCUGCUUUAGAUGCUUCUCUAGAUAUGAAAAACCCCCAGUCCCUACAUACUCUAAACAUCUCAAGAUGUGAUAAGUUGAAUACUUCAUUGAGUAAUAAUCUUGAGAAGUUCACAUUGCUCGAGCGGUUGACGGUCUUUUCUGACGACCCUGGUUGUUGGGCAAAGGGUCUACAAUAUCUUGCCAACCUCUGUGAGUUGGAACUCGGUGGCUUCUCUGACAACCUUGAUUAUUUCCCGUGGCCAGACUCCGUCACCAAGGAUGAUGAUGAUUCUGCAAAACAACAUUUCUUCUCUCUAGAAAAACUUGAAUUGUCUGGAUGGCCAAAAAUCACGUCUCUUCCAGACCAAAUUCAGCAUCACUCUACCUUGACAGUUCUAGAGAUACAGGAGUUUGAGGGGUUGGAAGUUCUUCCAGAAUGGAUAGGUAGCCUUCAAAAUCUUCAAGAAGUGUGCAUUGGCAAUUGCACUAACCUCAAACAAUUACCCUCUGCAGAAGCAAUACAACAACUCACCAGUUUAAAUCUACUGUAUAUCGCCGACUAUCCUCUUUUAGCAGAGAGAUGCACCAAAGGAAGUGGCGAAAAGUGGCCCAAGAUUGCAUUCAUUCUCGACCCUGGGGAUUCUUUAUGUGAAGCAGUUGCUCAAAAUUUCAAACAAGCAAAUGACUGCCUAUUUGUUGAGCUCAUGUCUGUUAUGCUGCAGGGACAACAACCUUUCCUCACCAAGACCGACCAAAGUAUUUCCAUGAGGACACCUGAGUUACAGCUUCACAGUGUUAUAUGCAACCAGACAACUCAUUUUACGAUGUUACGUGUCCUUGAGUGCCCUGUUGUGUUGGAAUGA